AGCUCGAUGGUUUCCAGGUCCCCGCGACCGCAGGGCUGGGGCAACCAGAAAAGCCAGACUAAUCAGGACGAGUUCGGGCUUGGAAUUGGGCCUGAAGCCCUCGCGCCCAGCCAGGUCUGAAUGCCCCAGACCCCACCAUCACCCCCGUGGCCUGGAUGGAGCAGGGGACGGCCGGCGAAGGCGCGGGGUGGAAGGGGAGCGGCGACGAAUGCGCGAGGAGCUGACUGGGAAUCCCCGAGCUACCCGAGACAAGACACUGAACUUGAGUCGCACUUUUCAUGCCUGUAAAAAUGAGAAUGACAGCUGUGAUAAAAAAAAAAAAAAAUUCAUCUGGGCGAUAUCUGGAACGUGUAAGGCGAAAGAGAAUGAAAGACGUAGAUAACCUCAAAAGUAUAAAAGAAGAAUGGGUUUGUGAAACAGGAUCUGAUAAUCAACCUCUUGGUAAUAAUCAACAAUCAAAUUGUGAAUAUUUUGUUGAUAGCCUUUUUGAGGAAGCUCAGAAGGUUAGUUCCAAAUGCAUGUCUCCCCCUGAACAGAAGAAACAGGUAGAUGUAAAUAUAAAAUUAUGGAAAAACGGAUUCACCGUCAACGACGAUUUCAGAAGUUAUUCCGAUGGUGCCAGUCAGCAGUUUUUGAACUCCAUCAAAAAGGGGGAAUUACCUUCAGAAUUACAGGGAAUUUUUGAUAAGGAAGAGGUGGACGUUAAAGUUGAAGACAAGAAAAAUGAAAUAUGUUUGUCUACGAAGCCUGUGUUCCAGCCCUUUUCAGGACAGGGUCACAGACUAGGAAGUGCCACACCAAAAAUUGUUUCUAAAGCAAAGAAUAUUGAAGUUGAAAAUAAAAAUAAUUUGUCUGCUGUCCCACUGAACAACUUGGAACCCAUUACUAAUAUACAGAUCUGGUUGGCCAAUGGGAAAAGGAUUGUCCAGAAAUUUAACAUUUCUCAUAGAGUAAGCCAUAUCAAAGACUUCAUUGAAAAAUACCAAGGAUCUCAAAGAAGUCCUCCGUUUUCCCUGGCAACAGCUCUUCCUGUCCUCAGGUUGCUAGAUGAGACACUCACACUGGAAGAAGCAGAUUUACAGAAUGCUGUCAUCAUUCAGAGACUCCAAAAAACUGCAUCUUUUAGAGAACUUUCAGAGCACUGAUGUUUGAUAGACUAAGUGGAAAAUUUGCAGAGAAAUGAUGGUUGUUAAGUGGACAUGCAAACCAAAAUUGGGGACUGGAGAAGUUAGACUCACUAGACUUUUGGUUCGAGUACUAUUGAACUCUCCUGAUGAGAAGAUGUUUAGAUAAGUACAAGUUAGGAAAGUAGCAUAUGACUGGAAACUAUAUUCAGUGCACUUUCUCCAAAAGACUACCCAGAAAAAUAGACUUAUUUUCAAAUACCAAUUAUCAAGAUAUAUUAAAUAGCUGUAUCAUUUAGAAUCUUAAUAUGGUAUAAAUUAGCAAAUGUAUUCACAAUAUUCAUUCAAACAUCAUUCCCAGACAGCAGGGAUUUAUUUAAAUGUUAGCUGUCUCGGAGUUUUUAAAUAGCUAAUACGACCAGGUACAGUGGUUCAUGCCUGUAAUCCCAGCACUUCGGGAGGCGGAUACAGGCAGAUCACGAGGUCAACAGAUUGAGACCAUCCUGGCCAACAUGGUAAAACCCCAUCUCUACUAAAAAUACAAAAAUUAGCUGGGCUUGGUGGUGCGCAACUGUAGUCCCAGCUACCCAGGAGGCUGAGGCAGGAGAAUCGCUUGAACCUAGGAGGUGUAGGUUGCAGUGAGCUGAGACUGAGCAACUGCACUCCAGCUUGGCAACAGAGCAAGACCCCCUCUCAAAAAUAAAAUAAAAUAAAUAUAAAUAUAAAUAAUUGUGGCCAGGUGCAAUGGCUCAUGCCUGUAAUCCCAACACUUUGGGAGGCUGAGAUGGGAGGAUCACUUGAAGCCAGGAGUUUAAAACCAGAAUGGUCAACAGAGUGAGACCCCUGUCUAUAUAUUUUUUUAAUUUAAAAAAUAAAAGAAUAAAAUUGUGUAGCUUAG